AUUUUGCGAACGGCGAGCAGCGGCGGCGGCGCGGAGAAGCGCAGCGGAGGUUUUCUGGUUUCGGACCCCAGCGGCCGGAUGGUGAAAUCCUCCCUGCAGCGGAUCCUCAACAGCCACUGCUUCGCCAGAGAGAAGGAGGGGGAUAAACCCAGCACCACCGUCCACGCCACCCGCACCAUGCCGCUCCUCAGCCUGCACAGCCGCGGAGGCCGCAGCAGCGAGAGUUCCAGGGUCUCUCCUAACUGCUGUAGUAACCUGGGUCCAGGGCCUCGGUGGUGCUCCGAUGUCCCUCACCCACCCCUGAAGAUCCCAGGUGGGCGAGGGAAUAGUCAGAGGGAUCACAAUCUUUCAGCUAAUUUAUUUUACUCUGAUAAUCGGCUGAAUGUAACAGAGGAACUAACGUCUAACAGCAAGACGAGGAUUCUGAACGUCCAGACCAGGCUCACGGGUUCCAGACACAUUAACUGGAGAGCGGUGCUGAGCGGCUGCAGCCUGUACAUCGAGAUCCCUGGCGGCGCUCUGCCCGAGGGCAGCAAGGACAGCUUUGCAGUGCUUCUUGAGUUCGCGGAGGAGCAGCUCCACGCCGCCCACGUCUUCAUUUGCUUCCACAAGAACCGCGACGACAGAGCCGCCUUGCUCCGGACCUUCAGCUUUUUGGGCUUUGAGAUUGUGAGACCGGGGCAUCCCCUUGUCCCCAAGAGACCUGACGCUUGCUUCAUGGCCUACACGUUUGAGAGAGAGUCUGCGGGUGAGGAGGAGUAGUGGCGGUGCCGCCUGCGUCCCUCGUGCUUUGCUGCCGCCGGAGCCCUGGAUCGCAGUCCCUUUGCGUGUGUUGCGCUUAGUGCGGGUGGUGGGACCGACUGGUGUGCGGGGUGCAGACAUCAGGCCUGCUCCUCUGCUGGGUUUGUCCGCAUGUUGUAAUUGUGCAAAUAAACGCUCACUCCAAAUUAGCGGUAUAUUUCUUGAAGUUUAAUAUUGUGUUUGUGAUACUGAAGUAUUUGCUUUAAUUCUAAAUAAAAGUUUAUAUUUUACUUUUUUA